AUGUCUUGGUUACAAAAAACACCAAAGAUGAAUAGUAAAAGGAUGGAUGCAGACUUGGAUAGACCAUUAAGGAGAUCAGAUGAUAAUAGUCUACAUCCACCUCUACCAAGCAUUGUAUUAAUAGGUGGUGCCCUAUCAAAUAAUAAUCUAACUAUUAAUAUCAAUCAUAAUAAUACAAACUCAAAUCCAAACUCAAUCACAAACCAAAACACAAAUACAAACUCAAAUUCAAUCAAUUUUGUUGAUAUCACAACCACAUCUUCAACUACAUCAACUACAUCAUCUUCGACGACAACACCAACCGAGUCACCAUCAACUACACCACCAACUACAUCAACAACGACGACACCAUCCUCACCUGUAUUAAAUGCCAUAACUCCAAAACCAUCGAUGAUCCCUGGAAACAGUGUAAAGCCAGAUUCACCACAGCCCCUCUUCUUCUUGAGAGCUCCAAGUCCACCAACUCCUAUGCCAAUGUCCUUGUCCACUCCUCAGACCAUCACGCCAGCGUCCACGCCAUUAUCCACAACUCCCCUGUCCACUACCACUCCCACCCCAACGCCCCAGCAGGCAACCGCUACCACUGCCCCACCACCAAUACAACAAAGACCGAGGGUAUCAAAUGUCCCUCCAGCAAUUGUAAAGUUGCCACCUCUAUCCAUGAGCAACAACAACAGACCACAGCAACAACAACAACAGCAUCAGAUUGGUGGUAGCCUGUCCAUGAGACAAAGGACCACACCCAUUGUACACAACAACAGCAUUAACAAGUCAGCCACACAUCCCUUAACAUCAACUACGACAACUUCAACUUCAUCAUCUACAAUGACAUCAUCACCAACAUUCAAGUUACCUACAAUCAACCAAAGAACUCCUCAACGUGGUUCACCAGGCACAUCCGGAUACCCCCAGAUGAGAGGUCCAGGAGGUGGACUUCAUGCACGAGGACGAGGAGGACCAAAUGGUGACAGCAGACGAAGAGGUAUCACAGUGGCCGACUCGGACAAGGAGACAGAGACCAGAAAGAUUAUUAUGAUUGGACAGGGUCAGACUCGUCCACGAAGCAAGUCACUAGAGGUGCUCAAUUCAUGGGACUACCAACCAUGGGAAGCCCGAAGAGACUCGGCUGACGAGGCUCAGCCAGUGGCCCCAGAGUCGCCACGUGGUGUAUUGGACCAUGAUUCAUUCAUGAUGGUCGACGAGAUGACCAAGAAAGGACACAAGUCAAUCCAUUUCAAGAGUCCACCCAUUAUGGACGCAGGUGGCAGUGCUUCACCUCGCACAACACGUGACCGUGCCACACCAUCACCCAAUCGACCAGCCACACCCAGCAUUGUCUUUGAACUCAACGAUGAGAACCAGCCCAUAGUCACAUCUGGAACCAAAGAUCAAUUGAUGGAUUAUCUUUGCAACAAGAACAAACUUGACUUACCAUUUGUAUAUAGUUUCAUGUUGACCUUUACAUAUUUUAUGGAUCCAGAGGAGUUGUUUGACUUCCUCAUUCGUCGUUAUGAGAGCAACAACACAAUGGACAGCCUAUCACUCCAAGCCAUGUCCAUUGGCGGAUCCUCUGCUGGCCAGUCCAGUCCCGUUAAACUAUCAAACUCUGAAAACAAUACCAUUGAUAGUAUUAGACAAAAUGUAAUCAUAGUGUUCCUUGUAUGGAUUGACUCUAAUUAUAGCGACUUUGAUGAUAAUGAAUCGUUGGCACAAAGGAUGGUACAGUUUAGUUUGCGCCAGAACUCAAAGUCGUUGAAGGAGGCCAUCGACAAGCAGAAGAUCCUAAGGAUCAAUACCGAAGUACUGUUCGACACGAUGCGAGCAGACCUAUUACACACUCCACAUUAUUCACAUUCACAGAAUGGCGCAUCAUCGUCAUCUUCAUCAUCCAUAUCCGCAUCAUCAUCAUCCACAUCCAUAUCAUCAUUAUCAUCCAACUUUGCGCCAAUCAAUCAACCAAUCAACUAUUUGAACAACAAUAUCAAACUUCAAACAUUCUACGCACAUCAGAUACAGGAGUGGACCAUGCUACACUUGGCCGUGGGCGCCAAUGCCGCCGACGUGCUGAUCCAGAGACUGAUGAUGCUCAAGAAGAUUGUGGUGGUGAACCCCGCGUCCAAAGAGUCCAAGACACGACUACAGCGCGAGGACGUCCUGCAGCUGCUGGCACCGGCACGUGAAUCCUACCCCAAGUCCUUCCUCGACUACCACCCGCACGACCUCGUCAAGCAGCUGACAUUGAUCGAGUUCACAAUCUUCCAGCGUCUGCGCAUCAACGAGCUGUACAACAAGAAGUGGACCAUGCCCAAGACCAAAUUUGAGCAGAGCCCCAACGUGAUGGCCCUCAUCACAAUGUCGAACCGCGUGGCCAACUGGGUAGCGACAGAGAUCGUCACGACGCCUCAUCCCAAGAAGCGUGUGGAGGUCAUGAAGCGCUUCAUCACGAUGGCCGAGUACGCGCGCAAGAUCAAGAACUACAACACCAUGAUGGAGAUUAUUUCGGGCCUGACCAACUGCUCGGUGACACGUCUGCGAGACACGUGGCGCGCACUACCAUCGCGCUACUACAACUCAUUCCGACAGAUGGCCGAGUUCUUCAACACCAACGAGAAUUGGAAGCAGUAUCGUGCCGCGAUCAAACUGCGCGAGCAGCCAUGUCUGCCCUACCUUGGCCUGUUCCUGCAGGACAUCAACUUCCUCGAGGAAGGCAAUCCAAACUUUGUCCAACACUUGCAGCAACAGACUACCAUCAUUGUGGAUGAUGAUGGAGAUGAGGGCGCGUCAACACUGCCACAGCCAUCACCAUCACCAUUGACACAACAUGUAAACUUUAAGAAACUGACGAUAUUGGCCAACUUCUUCAAGAGUAUCAUCUUCUUCCAGAAGCAUCCAUACGCCAGCUUCAUCAACAACACCAACGCGCAGUCAUUCCUUGACAAUGACAUGCUGAUCCUGCCCGAGAAGGAGCUCAACGACUUCUCCAAGUUUGUGGAAUCCCCGACCAAUCCACUGAACAAGCUUAACAAGUCCAAGUUAUCGUCCAUGAUA